GUGACAGAAGCCAGAGCAGUGUGACAGGUGGUUGAUUUCCUGGGCUCCACCCUCUCUCUUUUCCCCAAACACAGCAAGUUCCCAGCUCCUGCAGGAGUCGCCCGGUCAACCCCGGGCACAGCACCCAGGGCACACAGGACAUAGGGCCCCCAGCCCUGAGUACCCCAACCCUGGUAUGGCCCGGUCAGGUGCCUCUCUCCGCAGCCCACCGCGCCUCACCUCUUGCCCGCGGGCUGCCCUGCUCUUCGGCCUGGCCGCCGCCGUGGCCUCCGCUCGCUGGGCAGAAGCCAUCAGCAGUAGCAGCAACUCCACAUUGACAGUCCACCUCGCAGAUCCUGGGACCCUGGAUCGCUGUCCCAAUGUUGACUUCUGCCCACAAGCAGCCAGGUGCUGCCACGCCGGCGUGGACGAAUAUGGCUGGAUCGCAGCGGCGGUGGGUUGGAGUCUCUGGUUCCUCACCCUCAUCCUGCUCUGUGUGGACAAGCUGACCAAGCUCACUCCGGAGGAGCCCAAGGACCUGCCUGCGUGAGCGCGGCCCGGGGGCACCACGCGCGGACUGCAGCAGCGGGGGGCAGCGCUUCGGAAGUGGGGCAUUAAAGUCGCUGCUCCUUGAA